AAAAAAACAUUUAUAUUUUGUUGUUGGUAUUAUUCUGAGACAACUUUAAAAAAUAAUGAACGUGAGUAAUUCCACUUCCUAAUCGGAAAUAGGUACCUUCUCAUUGCGUCAAGGGUGGAAAUACAUUUUGAAUGAUUCACCUAUCUGUUCUUCGUAUAAUACGCUUAUCAGAAAGUAUUGCAUCGAAAACAACGUUCACUUAAUAUUAUCUGCCACAGAGAUAAGCAUGGCUUGUUCAUUGCCGUUUUACUAAUAAACAGGUUGCAAAUUGUAUUUUUAUAUAAAUGUCAAUAAAAUUUUAUUAAAUUUAUAGUAAUACAAAAAAGGUACCACAUUAAUAAAAAAGAGAGCGCCGUAAAGUUGUCAAGCGGUUCGCUAACUCCGGUAUUUUAAGGGAAAAGAAACUUUUGAAAGAUUAUGGAUAUCUUUUCAGUCACCCAUUUCAUGAUAGGAUUUGUCUUGUGGAAACUCUAUUAAAGCAAACAUAACUAGGAUAAAUAAAUAAAUCACAUCACUGGAAAAAAGAGAAGAAAUAAAUAUAAUAAAAAAAAACAUAACUAGGAACCAGAUUUUUACGCAUCAAUAUAAAUAAAAAUAUAACAUUUACAGAGCCUAAUACAGACGGUAUCAUAAGUACGCUGAAUCGAUACUUCACCGGGACUCAAACCUAAAACCUCAAAAUUGGCAUUGAAACAAGUAUAAAUAGGUACUGCAAGCUUGCUCUCUUUGGAUACUGAGGUAGAAUUAAAGCUAAUGUAAAACCAAUAACAUCUAAAAACGUUAAUUUGAAAACCCUUUAAACAGGGCGACGUAUUUUAGGACAAAGAAUUUGGCGCACCUAUCGUACCUACUUGCUAUCUUAUCAUAUCUACAGUUGAUAACACCAUAUCAAUGGGCACACGGUACACACUCACUCCAGUCGCUCAACACAAUUGAGAAGCACCUGUUGUAGUAGAAGAACUGAUAAAAAAGCUGAUAACAGAAGUAUAAAAAAUAAUGUGAUUAAGGAUUACACUAGACUUUAGACAAUGGGUGUGAAAAUUAAAUUAGUUUUAGCAGCUUUACUAGUGAUAAGUGCAAGUGUUUUGGGACAGGAUGUUAUCGUUAGUGAAACCGAACGGACUGUAAAUGACGACAUCAAUACGCAAGAUAUUCUCGUACCAGUGCCAAAUCCAGGUGUGUCCCAGGAAACCGUAGAAAGUGCACCAGAACCCGCACCAGUACAAGACGAAAUAGUCAAAGAAAAUGAGGACGAAAAACCGGUUGAAGUAAUAUCAGAAACGCAACCGUUGCAGAUAAGAAGUGGGAAGUAUCAGCUUUCAGACGACGCUUUGGUGGCUGAACAGCCUACUGAGCUGGAAGCUGUGAACAUCGCACCCAACGGAGAGCAAAGCGAGAGGCAGUUGGAAUAUCCUUAUCCUACAGAAGUGACCAGCGAAUAUGCUCACAUCGACGGCCGAGUUCUUCCGUCUAUCACGUACCGGAACAAUGGACAGGCCUACGUCAUUACGAACCAGCGGCUCGCGCAGAUCAGAUCCAACUUCCUCUACUGGUUCUACGACAUGGGAAACGAGAACGAGAAAUUCGGCGACUAUCAGAGGGAUAUCCACACCUCCACACCACAGAUCCAUAAGAAUUUCAACUUUCAGCUACCGUUCUUUGGGUUUAGAUUCAAUUACACUAGACUUUCCAUGAACGGAUACAUCUACUUCAGUGAUCCUCCAGAUCAUUAUACGUAUCCCCUUUCAUUCCCGACGAGGGACUGGCCUAACGUGAACGAUCCUUCAUUCAUCGGCAUCUUCUUCAGCAAAUGUCGUAUCGGCAACAUCCGCCCUGAUGACAUCGAUCAGAGGAGACCUGGUGUCUACUUUAGAUUGGACAGAGAUUUACAGACGAGAAAAGAUCAGUUGGGAGUUGAGAUGCGUGAACGAGUAACCUGGGAUAUUCGUGAAGGUGUGAUCGGAUCUGAGAAUUUCUUCCCCAAACAUGCCAUCACCAUCACGUGGAAGAACAUGUCUUUCGCUGGUGGUAUCGAUAACUCCUUGUUUGUGACAAACACCUUCCAAAUGGUAUUGGCUACAGAUGAAGUGUUCACUUACGCUAUUUUCAAUUAUCUUGAAGUCAAUUGGAUCUCACAUACAGAAGCGGGUGGUGAUACAACUACUGGCGAGGGCGGUGUACCAGCAUAUAUUGGAUUCAACGCUGGUAACGGAACUCGAAGCUACGAAUAUAAACCAUACUCCCAAGAGUCAGUUCUACGUGAUCUUACUGGCAGAGGUUGGGCCAAUGGUUUCCCUGGUCGCCACAUCUUCCGAAUCGAUGAAAACAUACUCAUGGGCACAUGUAACAAAGAUAUUGAUGGCGCUAACUUACCGCUUAUGUUUGCACCGGAGAGCGGGAGUAUGCUGGGUGGAACCGUCGUGAAUAUCACGGGACCCUGCUUCAAUCCCAACGAUCGUAUCACAUGUCGCUUCGACACGGAGUCCGUGGUAGGGGCAGUGGUAGACGUCAACAGAGCUGUUUGCGUCCAGCCGAGAUUUUAUCACAAUGGAUAUGCUAGGUUCGAAGUCGCCAUCAACAAUGAGCCUUUCAAGUGGAAAGGCAGGUUUUUCGUAGAAACACCAGCGACUGCCACCGAGAAAAUAUUCUUCCCAGACGAUGCCAUCCACCAAAGAAAUCCACCAGAAGUCAAAAUCACUUGGAAUCGUUUCAACUUGACCACGAACCUAAACGUUCACCUACAGAUCAGCUUGUGGGGCUACAAGGAGGUCACAAUCAGGCCUCAGUUGGAAUUCAUAGACAUGAUCGAGAGCGGGGUAGCCAACACAGGAGAAUACAUCAUUAACCCUCAAAACUUCAGAAACAGAGAUAACAUAAUGCAUAAUGACAUGCAAUUUGGUUUCAUUCAAAUCAACUUGACAACUCCUGAAGUAUACAAAGGAAUCUCAAUUUCACCUAUCCUAUGGAGUCGCCCGAUUCCACUGGCCUGGUAUUUCGCUCCUCAAUGGGAGAGGCUCUGGGGUGAGCGGUGGCCACAAUCUAUGUGCAACAACUGGCUUCGCAAUGACCGUUUCUUGAAAAACUUCGCUUCUCAAAUUCCCAUAUGUCCCUGCACACUGGAACACGCUAUACUUGACAAAGGUCGUUUCAUGCCAGAUUUACAUUGCGACAGAGACACGAAUCCAACCUGUAGAUACCACUGGGGUGGUAUACACUGUGUUAGGAGUGGAGGACCAAGUGCUGAGGGAUCAGGUCAACAGUGCUGCUACGACAAGAAUGGAUUCCUCAUGCUGUCAUACGACCAGAUGUGGGGUUCCAGACCGCACCGAUCGCACGAUUUUGGCUUCACUCCAUACAACGAAGCUAACAAGGUCCCAUCAUUGUCUCAUUGGUUCCAUGAUAUGAUUCCUUUCUACCAAUGUUGCGCUUGGCAAGAAGAACAAGCGGUUGGCUGCGAAACAUUUAGGUUUGAACGGCGACCAUCUCAAGAUUGUGUAGCUUACCAAGCCCCAGGAGUAGCAGGCAUCUUUGGUGACCCUCACAUUGUAACAUUUGACGAUCUUCAUUACACUUUCAACGGCAAAGGUGAAUACGUUCUGGUACGAGUAGAUCAACCACACUUGAAACUGGAUGUUCAAGGCAGAUUUGAGCAAGUCCGCAGGAAUAUACAUGGUGCAGUCAACGCCACUCAUCUCACAUCCAUAGUUGCAGCAUCUAACAACUCCGUGCCUAUUGAGGUUCGUAUCCGUCCAAGACAUGCACAAUGGAGAUAUAGGCUCGAUGUUUUUGCUGACAAUAAGCGUGUUUAUUUUGAUAGAACCGCUCUGAGAGUGCAAUAUUUCCCAGGCGUGACCGUAUACCAACCUAUGUAUAUUCUGAACCAGUCGGAAAUCGUAAUCAUGUUCUCGUCUGGAGCUGGUGUGGAAAUCGUGGAGAAUAGAGGCUACAUGACGGCCAGAGUUUACCUCCCUUGGACUUACAUGAAUCAAACGCUUGGUCUUUUUGGCAAUUGGUCCCUUGACAUAAACGAUGACUUUACUAGACCUGAUGGAACUCGUGUCCCGAUUGAUCUCAACAACUUCCAAUCAGCACACAGAGACUUUGCGCAAUAUUGGCAACUAACUGAUCGCGAGCAAAAGGACAUAGGAGUGGCGCUCUUCAGCAGGGAAUACGGUCGAACAGCCGCCUACUACAAUGACAACCUGUUCCAACCGAACUUCGUGCGAGAACCAGCAGAAUUCCUCCCUCCAAACCGAACCCACGACGUCCUCAGAGCCAUGGAGAUUUGCCAGGACUCCUACCAAUGCCGAUACGAUUACGGGAUGACCCUGGAUAUAGACAUGGCCACUUUUACGAAGAACUAUCUGUCUUCACUUGUGAAUAUAAAAGAACAGGCGAGACGAAGGGUUGUAAGUUGCGGCAUUUUGGAGACUCCUCGGUUCGGAAGAAAGAGUAACUUUUUCUUCACACCCGGAACUAGGGUGAGCUUCGAGUGCAAUCAGAACUUCAUUCUCAUCGGUGACAACCGCCGGGUUUGCGAGGCAGACGGACGCUGGAAUCUUCCCGAUUAUGGCUAUACUGAGUGCUUGCGCAACCAAGAGUACUCUCAACGCGCCCUGUUUCUAACUUGGGGCGUCAUUCUGGCAAUUAUUCUACCUUUGGGACUGUUGAUGUGCCUCUUGUGGUUUUGGUGCUACCAGAAGCCGAAGUCCGAAGGCAAAGAGACUUUCAGCUUCGCGGAUAUACCGCGAUCCAAAUCAGCCUCUCGACUUAAUCUUAGAUCAGCCUCCAUGGGGAACAUCACUGAUACUAUGAAUUCAUCUACAUUACGUAGUCAGGACUCAGAGGAAAAACCAAAACUCCCUGAUACUCCCGUUGAAGAAUCUGCUCCAAUUCUCAAAAGUAACAGGGCCGCUCCUCCUCCCCCUGAACCCCAAGAUGGCGAAAGUUCAGGCCUAGGAUACACGGACUCAAACAAAAGUGACUCUGGAAAAUCAGACAAAUCCUCCUUACCUAAAAAGCGACGUUAUGACAAAACUUAUAGAACACACGAGCCGCUACCCAACGCGCCCGAUGUUGAAUUCCCCGAGAAACUUUGGGACUUGUCUGAAGAGGACCUUCUCUCUUUAACAUCUCCUUCUGAGUCAGACUCCAAUCGAGACUCGACUCUGACCCGUCCCGCAAAAGAUAUAGAAUACGUAAGCAAGCCGCGGCAACAGGGCCGUCAUGCUCUCGCGAGUGACUCAGGGUAUUCAACUAAAGACGGCUCCGAAGAUCCUUACGGACGAAAGUACGAUAACGCGUACAGUCCUAUUCCGUCCCCCACUUAUUCUGAGAUUUAUUCUCCUGCUAUGAGUCCCACUUCCGACAGUCCCAGGAGUACGUUUAACAAUCCCGGUUUACCGGAACCACCAAAGAGUGCUCCACCAACUGAUGAGAUUAAAACUUUCACACUUCCCCCGCAAAGAGGAAAGUCAGUAGAAACUUUGAUUGACCCUCCUGUGGCUGAAAUGCCAACAUUUAGUAGCCGCUCAACUAUGGUUUGAGAUUUCGUUCUCUGAAAAUCCCUUACAUUUCUAUCGAGCAAUGAUAAUUCUUUUUAAUAAGAUGGUUAGAUAGAUAUGUAGUUAUUAGUAUUAAAUAUACUUUGACCACCGCAUACGCUCAGAUAGUUUUAAUUUAGACUGUACACUGCCCUCAAAUGACAUGUUAUGGGAGUAUCAGGGCGUUAGUUUUUUAUAUAGAAGUAUUAUAAUUAGUAUUAUUACAAGGCACAAUAACAUUAGAUUAUUGCACUAAAAUGUAUACGUUUCUAGUAUUUUUUUAUAUUGUUUUCUUUUUUUAUCGUUUGUGCAGUUCAAACUUUUUAUUUAUUGAUGUUACAAUUAUUUAGAGAUUUUAUUGAAUAAAUUAUAAAAACUUGAUUUAUUUAUAAAUCACCAUGAGAGGAAAUUUCUGUUCCCAAAGGUAGAAUAAUAUCGAUAUUGAUUUAAUUCUGAUGUCUUUGUUUUUACUUCUGCAAAGGAUCGAUAAGAAAGCAAGAAAUAAAUUUAACAAACCACGUGUUGGUGGAAUAGAAAUUUUCUCUAUCAAGUGAUGUGUUUUAUUUCGUAAAAAGUUACCUUUGUACAUUGCUUGCUUUCUUAUCUUGUAUACACAAUAGAAUCUGGGUCACAAAAUAAGGUGAGUAACUAUUUUUUUAUUUGCUUUGUUUCGAGAUUAUACCUAGUUGAGAUAAAUGUUCGUUAUCAAUAUUUUUCGUGUCAUUAUAACUGCAAAUUAAUUUUGUUUCAGUUAUAAAAUAAUUAGUAAAUUUGCAAAUCGUCUUCUCAACUUUUCUUCAUUCAAAAUUUAUUCAAUAAAACUUAUUGUUUGUUUGUCCUGAGUGAUCGAUGUAAUUUUUUAAUAUUUUUAUAAACACGUUGCAUCGCCGCUGCAAUCUUUCAAAUAAAAACUUGAAACUUUGUAGUACCUUGGUCCUCAUCAUCAAAAAGAUUGAUUUUUAUAACAUAAUUUUCCAAAAACAAUUUUGCAAUUCCCAACAGGCAAACAAGAAUAUUCUUCACGAACGCUAGGUCUCACAUGGGGCAUCAUUACCGCUGUAAUGCUUCCCAUAGUGAUAGUGCUGAUAUGCGUCGGCUGGCGAAUCCUCAAGCGAAGAAAGGCUGAGGAAAAGGAAGAGAAUGACUUCUUAACCAUCAAGUCCCGCGCCAUCGACCCGGACGAGUCGAUGAAGAUCAACUCCGACGACGAGAGCAUUCCCUACAAGAAAGACUUACCCGAGGAGAGCCCUGAACCCACAGAGCCGGCUCUGGUGAUCGACAGUCCUGCAUCAUCGGGUUAUCCUUAUGGGGAGGCGUAUAACAGCCCUGGGUCUAUGCCACCGCCUCCACCAAUGGGGUUACAGCAGUCUUCGCCAAUGGGAUUGCAGCAAUCUCCGACAUUGGGGCUGCAGGAGCCGUCGACAUUAGGGCUACCACAGAGCCGGCGGUGGGACGGCGAAACGGAGAUAAAUUAGAGAUAUUUUUUUCUAAUAUCGUUAUUUAGGAGGAUACACUUUUAAUAAAUAACCCAUCGGAUAACUUAGAAUAGCGUUUAUUUUUAUUGUAGCAUAAAUAAUUGAAUAUCUAGAAUACAAAUGAUAUCAUAGUACAUGGUAAAAAGUAAAAUUUUAUUUUAGAACCCUUUUAUAAUUUUAAAGUCCCGCGGUCCCGCAGCAAUUAAUUAAAUCACAUUUGGUUAUUUCAUAGUUUUCAGUGUUUUCGUUGUAUGGACUUCAGUGAAACUUUCAUUUCUAAGUUAUUAGGUAUUCAAUUAUUUUAUUUAAGCGUCUAAAAAUUUAUAAAUACAGCUUAAAAAUGAUUCAAUGUGAUAAAAAGUUAUGAAGACUAGAUAAAACCGAAUAACCUCUUAGGAGUAUAUUUCUUAGAAAGCGGACAUAUUUUUUUCUAUGUUUAAGUAUUUAUCCACCUAAAACGUUUUGAGUACCUAAGUACCUACCUACUUCAAAGUUGUGUCAGAUGAUCAUGAUAUCAGCUAUUCCGAGUUUUAUAUUAGAUGUACGACAAAAGUCGUCAAAUUUAAGAUUACUUUUUGUGUAAUGGUUUUUGAAUAAAUAAGAAUAAAAUAAGUAAUUAGAUGCAUUUUAUUUUGUAUAAUAUCUAUGUAAUUCAUUAAUUUAUAAUAAGUAAAGCCAUUUUUACACAUUUAAAUCGUAUGAGUUGUAAGAUGCCCUAUUUUAUAUGAAAGAAUUUCACGUUUUUUUUCCAACGCAGUCAUUGCGUGCCAUUGCGUAAUCAGUACAAAAUGAACAUGACAUUAUCUCCCAAACCCCAUUAAGGAAUAUUUUCCACCAAAAGUUUAUAGUACCUAUGUUUACCUUUACGUGACUUUAGUUGUGCAAAAAUUAGUCAGUUUUAUUAAAUGGGAACCUAUAUUUCUAAUUUAAUUAUUAUACUUAUGUAAGGUUUGAUGUAAGUUUUAAAUAAAAAGUACAAAGACAG